AUGACGACGAAGAACGAAUUAGGGCAUCAGCAAGCUCGCGUAUUCCAAUCUCAUCUGGCCAAUCAAGGUGGACUGCAGCCGGGUUUAAAGGCAGUAUCCCUGCCGCCUUUGCCAAGCAGUCGUAGUGUGUUUGCCCAUACGAAUACGCUCAUUGAAAUACGCCUGCAAUUACGCAUUACUCUUCAUACUCGUCUCGACCCACCCUAUCAAUUAUUCCAAUUCGCUUUCACAGCUGAACGACUAGACCUUAGCCAAGAUCUUUCCUGA